AUGUCAUCAGAACAGCAGGUGUGGCACACAGCAGUGCCACCCCCCGCCAGGUCCCCCAGCUCUGCUAGCAACCCUAGGUCCCCCAGUUCUGCCAGCAAUCCCAGGUCCCCUGGCACCCCAGGUUCUGAGAGGGUGGCCUCUCCGUUAGAGUGCUCCAUCUGCUUCUCCGGCUAUGACAACAUCUUCAAGACACCCAAGGAGCUCUCCUGCACUCACGUCUUCUGCCUGGAGUGCCUGGCACGGUUGGCAGCCGCCCAGCCCAUGGGCCGCCCUGGGAGUGAGGCUGUGCCCUGCCCAUUCUGCAGGCAGCCGACGACCGUGCCCCCUGCCGGGGCUCCUGCACUGCGCACCAGCCGCCAGCUCCUGUCCAAGAUGCCCGCUCACCUGCGGCGGGAAGAGCCUGUGUGGCUGGAGGGCACGAAGCUCUGCUGCCGCCCACCCUCCAGCAACUCCUCUCUGGACUUUGUGUGCGUGGAUGUGGGCCUGAGCAAGCCUGCUCAAGCAGUGCCACCCCCAAUCCCCCCAGAGCCUUUGGGCCGCCGGGGACGCCUGGCCCGAUGCUGGGCAAGGUGCAAGGACUGGAGGCGCAUGGCCCUGGUCUCCACGCUGCUGUUAGUGCUUUUCUGCCUGGUGCUCUGGCCUGUGCAGUGCGCGCUCAAGACUGGGAGCCUGCGCUGCUUGUCACGGCCACCGGUGAACACUGUCACCACCACCACCGCCAUAUUCCCCCCCAGGUCCCUGACUGACAGCUAG